GGCAAAGAAGGAUGCUCAACCGACUGAGCCGCCCAGGUGCCCCUGACUUUGUGUCUUAACCCAUUCUGGCUGCUAUUACAAAAUACCCUACACUGGGUAGUUUAUAAACAACAGAUGUUUUUUUCACAGUUCUGGAGGCUGGGAAAUCCAGGAUCCAGGUGCUGGUGCAUUGGUGUGUGGUGAGAGCCCACUUCCUGUUUAUAGAUGGCUUUUCUUUUCAGUGUAACCUCACAUAGUGGAAGGGACAAGGGAGCUUUCUCGGACCUACUUUUAUAAGGGCACUAAUACUCUUAGUGAGGGUUCUGCCCUCAUGACUGGAUCACCUCCCAAAGGCCCUGCCUCCUAAGGACCCUACCAUCACCUUGGGGCUAGGAUUUCAGUAUAUGAACUUGCUGGGGACAUAACCAUUCUCUCCUUAGCACCGUGCAAACAGCAGAAUGUUGUGGAAAUGAUGACGUGUGAUGGUAGGAGCUCCAUCAUAAAAGAUAAUGUGAUUUCCAUGUUGCUCUCUUGAAUCUCUUGUUCUGUGGGAAGCCGAUUAACUCUGUUGCAAGGACAUAUGAAGUGGUCUCUGUGGGGAAGUUCAUGUGAGGGACUGAGUUUCCUGCCAAGAGUAGCAUGAGGGCACCGCCUUGGAAGACCAUCCUGCAGCCACAGUCAAGCACUCAGAUGACUGAGUCCCUACGGACAACUUAACUGCAGUCUCAUGACAAGUCCUGGUCGAGAACAACCAUUCAUCUAAACCAUUAACAGGUUCCUGACCUAUAGGAAUUGUGUAAGCCCCAUGAGAGGAGCAAACCAGUCGAGUGUCUCCGAGUUCCUCCUCCUCGGCCUCUCCAGGCAGCCCCAGCAGCAGCAGGCCCUCUUUGCGCUCUUCCUGAGCAUGUACCUGGCCACGGUCCUGGGAAACCUGCUCAUCCUCCUGGCCAUCUGCGUGGACCCCCGCCUGCACAUCCCCAUGUACUUCCUCCUCAGUCACCUGUCCUUUGUGGACAUCUGCUUCUCCACGACCACCGUCCCCAAGAUGCUGGCCAACCACAUCCUUGGGACUCAGGCCAUCUCCUUCUCUGGGUGUCUCACACAGAUGUAUUUUGUGUUCAUGUUCGUGGACAUGGACAAUUUCCUCCUGGCUGUGAUGGCCUAUGACCGCUUUGUUGCCAUAUGUCACCCCUUACACUACUCGACAAAGAUGACCCACCAGCUCUGUGCCCUGCUGGUUGCUGGGUCAUGGGUCAUUGCCAACCUGGACGUCCUACUGCAUACCCUGCUGAUGGCUCGACUCUCGUUCUGUGCAGACAAUGCCAUCCCCCACUUCUUCUGUGAUGUGACUCCCCUCCUGAAACUGUCCUGCUCUGACACCCAUCUCAAUGAGAUGAUGGUUCUUAUCGAAGCAGGGUUGAUCAUGAUCGCUCCGCUUAUUUGCAUCCUGGCCUCGUAUGUCCAUAUUACCCGCGCUGUCCUGAGAGUCCCGUCCACGAAGGGAAGAUGGAAAGCCUUCUCCACCUGUGGCUCGCACCUGGCCGUGGUUUCCCUCUUCUAUGGCACCAUCAUUGCUGUGUAUUUCAACCCUUUAGCCUCACACUCAGCUGAGGCAGAUGUAGCAUCUGCUGUGAUGUUCACGGUGGUGACUCCCAUGCUGAAUCCCUUCAUCUACAGCCUGAGGAACAAGGACAUAAAAGGGGCUCUUGGAAAAGUGGUUGCUCUGAAUAUUUUUCUACCUGGUAAUCAAAUGGGCUAAGAAAAUCAGGCAGGGAACUAGUUUCUAAGACCAUAUUUGCCUUUUCUAUUGUGCAAAGCUCAGCAUUUGUCAUGUGAGAGAAUCAUCUAGUGUCUGUCUUGGGAGACCAGAUUUGACACAGCCUCUUCAGCUAAGGAUGGAAAGCAAGAUCCUUUUACCAAAUAACUUAUGCACCUGUUAGUGCCCUGCAGCCCAAACCCACUAGCGACAUAUGUCUUGUUGAAUGAGUGUGGUUUAUUAGGCUCAGAGGGGAGAAUACAUACCAUCGGGAGUUGUGAGUCAUCUUAGCAGGAAGGUGUUAGACAGGAUUUACAAAAGCCUGCUUGUCUGAGGUGAAUUUAGUGAGGAUUUAAGGAAAUGGGUCUGUGCUCUGGAUUUCACACUGUCACAUAGUAGGGAUGAUUCUGAUGGAGUAUCUUAAAAUAUUUUAUCUAGGAGGGAAGACUAGACUAAGGCAAGACUGUGAUUGGCAGAGAAGUAGCAUUCGUAUCAGCCAACAUAGGGGGAGUUUGGUCAUUUUUGUGGCUUGGACAGUGUUCGGACAUGAUUACAGAGUGGUCUCUCUUUGUCUUGCUCCAUGGUGGUCACAGAGCGGCCCUGUGUGGUACUGUGGUUGUGUUCAUCCUGAGAACAUGGCAUCUAUCUGUGAGUGUCAGGACUGGUUUGUCUUUCUCACAACAGAGACGCAGAGAUAAGAGUACAUCUUAUGGGAAGCUCAGACCGGUGGGGGUAGGAAAGGGAAGGGUUCAUUUAGGGCUCCAAGAAGCCCUAAUUCUGCCACGAAUUCAAGCUAAUUAUUUGUUAUUUUCUUAUCUGAGCUUUCUGGGUCACACAGCAUUACAGCAGGAAUAAGUGUGAGAUACACAAGAAUAUCUUCGAAAAUCUCCGCUGUGUCAAUGAACUGCAUCUUUUUUCCACACUGCCUUCAGUUUAUGUCAAUGCGCUGAGAUAUUUUACAUAGUUACUAAUUUGUAUCCUGAUUUCCCACUAUAAUUUUAUAAUAAAGCUUUUCAAAAUUGCUGUAUAGUCUCCACAAUUUUAUUUUGCUAUACUGAUGUAUUUCCAUCAAGUUGUUCUAGCAAAAUAU